CCUGCCAGUUCAACCUCUUCUUCCUGUGAUGUCAUGCUACAAAUUGCCUGAGCUCCCUGCUCUCCUCCUCAGAAGGAGCUGGGCAGGCGAGAGGCUGUCGGGAAGCAAGAGCCUUGCUCUGCAGGAACAAACACGCUCUGGAAUUUCAUUUCUGCCCUCGCAAGCAGCUUGCUUCCCGCCCCACAGGCUGAGCAAGGAGACAAGAGCUCCCAGGAGCUGGAAAGCUUGUUUUUCAGAAAGAAGGCUGAGAGAGAAAUGCAAGUGCUGACGCUUUGCCGGCAUCCAGGAAAUCGUUCUCUAAAGCAUACGUGCCCAGUAAAUUUGAAUGGACAAGACUUCACUACCACGAUCUGCAGCCAAAAGUAAGGCAGAAAGUUUUACAGCGGCUUCGCUGAAUCGAGGGGGAAAAUGGAAUUAAGGAAGCUCUGGGAUGACCUCGGCAGCCACAAAUUAUACGUUUUUUGACUUUUGAAGACUGGCUAUGUGAUUACAAAUAGCACUUGGAAGAGAAGAGUGACCUCCUGGUGAUCACUGCUGGAGAUGUACUCCCCUGCUACAGAGCUUGUGUUUCUUCCCUGAAGAUUUACAGUGCCGCAAACUUGCCAGUUACACAGCCCAAAUAUAUCUUCAAGUUCUGGAAUUUUACAAAAGUUGCAAUAAAAAUACAGAGAAACCUCCAAAUCACAGGAAUCUGAAAUAUACCAUUAUAAUGGUAAGCUCUAACUGUUCCACUGAGGACUCCUUUAAAUAUACUUUAUAUGGCUGUAUCUUUAGUAUGGUGUUUGUUCUUGGCCUCAUAGCAAACUGUGUUGCCAUCUACAUUUUUACUUGUUCGUUAAAAGUCCGAAAUGAAACUACAACUUACAUGCUUAAUUUAGCAAUAUCAGAUCUGCUUUUUGUGUUUACAUUACCCUUCAGGAUUUAUUACUUCGUAACAAGAAACUGGCCAUUUGGAGACAUUCUGUGCAAGAUUUCUGUCACCCUCUUUUAUACAAAUAUGUAUGGGAGCAUUUUAUUUCUGACUUGCAUAAGUGUAGAUCGCUUUUUAGCUAUAGUACACCCCUUUCAAUCCAAGACUCUCCGAACCAAAAGGAAUGCAAAAAUUGUCUGUGCUGCAGUAUGGAUAACUGUGUUAGCAGGCAGCACACCAGCGAGCUUUUUCCAGUCCACAAAUCGCCGGAAUAAUACUGAACAAAGGACAUGUUUUGAAAACUUCUCGGAGGACACGUGGAAAACCUACCUAUCCCGGAUUGUUAUCUUCAUUGAAAUCGUUGGGUUUUUCAUUCCACUCAUCUUGAACGUGACCUGCUCUACUAUGGUCUUACGGACUUUGAAUAAACCCCUUACAUUAAGUCGGAAUAAAUUAAGCAAGAAAAAGGUACUCAAAAUGAUUUUUGUCCAUUUGGUGAUAUUCUGUUUCUGCUUUGUGCCUUAUAACAUUACCUUAAUACUUUACUCCCUUAUGAGAACACAGACCUGGAUUAACUGUUCUGUGGUAACUGCAGUCAGGACUAUGUACCCCAUCACUUUGUGCAUCGCUGUUUCAAACUGCUGUUUUGACCCUAUAGUCUAUUACUUCACGUCGGACAAUCCAGAAUUCGAUAAAAAAGAACCGGUCCACCAGACCACAGGACAUCAGGUUCUCUGAAAGGCCAGUUUCAGAAAACUUCAUUCAACACAGCCUUCAGACCAUAAAAAUGAAAAUAUUUGACAGUGACUCCACAAUAUAAACUGUAUUAAAAGACUGCUGGGACUAAACUGGAAUUACAAGCCUCCACAUUUCUUCAGCUGUGGAAAUAUAUUCUGAUAUGUAAAGGUUAUGCUUCACUCACAUCAGAAAGAAUUUAUGAUAAGACUGUAAAAGUGUUAAGCAUAACAGUACACAGAAAAAGUAUUUUAAGAAUUUAUGUCAGAUGUCUGUUCUGACAAGCUGUAUGUUAGAAACAAACUUCGGUUUGGAUAAGGUUAACCAAAGUCCAAGGACUGUCUGUCAAGUCAAACACAAAUGAGAAAGUAGGUUGGGGGGAGUGGGGGG